UGAAAAAUAAAUGAUUAUGGAAACAAACAAAUUCUAUUGAUGGAAUAUAAAUAAAAAAUGAUGGAGUUACAAACCCCCUACUUGCCUUUUGUAGGAAGGAAAACAUAAAUAAAGUGCUUGACAAAUGUCUUCCUCAUCAACGGAUGAAGUUGAUGAAGCUUUAGACGAAAUAGUCGACCAAGUAGUUGACAGUUAUAUCGACGCAAUAGUUGAUGGUCAAGCCAACAAGCCGAGGAGACGAGCUUAUAUCGAAAGAGAUCGGGAAGUAGGACACACUCAACUAUGGAACGAUUCUUUCACGGAAAAUCCUACAUACCCACCGGAAUUGUUUAGGCGGCGUUUUCGAAUGAACAAGCCAUUGUUCCUUCGCAUUGUCGAACGCCUAAGUAGUGAAGUUCCUUACUUUCAGCAAAGACGAAAUGCUCACGGAAGGAACGGGCUAUCUGCACUUCAAAAGUGUACGGCAGCUAUACGUAUGCUGGCAUAUGGUCAAUCGGGAGAUACAUAUGACGAAUAUCUCCGACUUGGUGACAGUACAUCACGUUUGUGUUUGGCAAAUUUCACUGAUGCAACAAUACAAUUGUUUGGAGAAGAGUAUCUACGAAAACCUACAGCCGAGGAUCUUCAACGAUUACUCGAUGUUGGAGAGGUACGGGGGUUUCCGGAGAUGAUAGGCAGCAUCGACUGUAUGCAUUGGGAGUGGAAAAACUGCCCAACGGCUUGGAAAGGUCAGUUCACACGUGGUUCAGGAAAGCCGACAAUUGUCUUAGAAGCCGUGGCAUCACAAGAUCUUUGGAUAUGGCACGCAUUUUUCGGCUUACCAGGUACCCUCAACGAUAUCAAUGUUCUUGAUCGAUCACCUGUUUUUGAUGAUGUCUUACAUGGUCGAGCACCUAAAGUUAAGUUCAAGGUCAACAACCACACUUAUCGUAUGGCCUACUAUCUUACUGACGGAAUUUAUCCAAACUGGUCAACAUUUAUCCAAUCCAUCCCACUUCCUCAAGGUCCUAAAGCCGAGAAAUUUGCAGAAAAGCAAGAAUCCGCCAGAAAAGAUGUCGAACGGGCUUUUGGAGUAUUGCAAUCGAAGUUUGCAAUUGUUAAAAACCUCGUUCUACAAUGGGACAAGGAAAAGAUAGGAAAGAUAAUGAGAACUUGUGUUAUAUUGCACAAUAUGAUAGUAGAGAACGAACGACACGGAUACGCUCAAAUUGAUACUUCUGAAUUCGAGUCAGGAGAAUCAAGCAGAAGUUCGAGGGUGACAAGGAGAGAAAGUAUUCAUGUCGGUGAUAUGUUAGGCAUGCGCAGAAAAGUUCGAGAUCCAGAGAAGCAUGCUCGUUUGAAAGCUGAUUUAAUGGAAAAUAUAUGGCAAAAGUUUGGUGAUGAAGAUGAAUAAGCUUUGUAUGUUAUUAAAUUUCUUGAUUUAUGUAAUCUACUCUUAAUGUAUUGAAUAAAAAGUUUUAAAAUAUUUAUAAUAUAUUUUAAUAUUUUAGUCAUGUAUUCUGAAUAUUUUGAAACUUUUAAAUAAUAAAAUAAAUAUUAUUAUUUUAUUCUUAUGAACUCGUUCUUGAGGUUCACCAAUGCAGAAAACAACAAAUACAGAUUCAUAACUAUUCAUGAACCUACAAAAAAAUAUUAAAAAAUCUUUGUGAACCCCAAGGGGUUCCCCAAUGCUCAUACUCUGAUUUAUUAAUAAUUCCAUCGAAAUCAUGGAAGCUCAAGAUAUCCCAACCCCAAGAUACCAAUAAAAAAAUCCCUUUUAGCACUUAAUCAAAAUUAUUAUCAAUUUAUUUUUAAUUUUAAUUAGUUUUUUACGUUUAAAAAAAUAAUAUAGAUACAAAUAAAACCUAAACUUUGAUUCUCGUCAUGUUUUCUUCAAGACUUCAACUCCUCUCUCACGUUGGCCUUCCUCUUGUGCUCUACUCCGUUCAAUGAUAACUUUGAGAUCUUCUUUUUUUUUCUCCUCAAAAUCUUGUCUUCUUCUUUUUCUCAGUAAACCUAGUAUUCACAAAACCCUACUUUAUUAAUUCCAUCGAAAUCAUGGAAGCUUGAGAUAUCUCCAACCCCAAGAUACCAAUAAAAAAAUCCCAUUUAGCACUUAAUCAAAAUUAUUAUCAAAUUUUUUAAUUUUAUUUAGCUUUUUGCAUUUAAAAUAAAAAUACAUACAUAUACAAAUAAAAUCUAAACUUUGAUUCUCGUCAUGUUUUCUUCAACUUCUCUCUCACGUCAGCCUUCCUCUUGUGCUUACUCCAGUUCAAUGAUAACUUUGAGAUCCUCUCUUUUUUCUCCUCAAAAUCUUGUCUUUUUCUUUUUCUUAGUAAACCCAGUAUUCACAAAACCCUACUUUAUUAAUUCCAUCGAAAAUGGAAGCUCGAGAUAUCCCCAACCCCAAGAUACCAAUAAAAAAAAAUCCAAACCUAUUUCCGCUUCGCUGCCUUUGAUCGCAAGACAUUAAAGUCAAAAGAGCUAUGUAAGCAUCGUGAAAUCGAGUUUCUUAAAUCUUAAGAGUCUCAUGAUCGUAAAUAAGCCAAAAGAUGUUUACUGUGAAUUUGUUCUUUCCUCUACUCCUACGUCUUUUAUUGGUAAGUCAAACUUUAAUUUACUGUGAGUUAAGCGAAUGAGUUUCAACUUGCAAACAGAUUAGACUAUGAAACUAGCGGCAUGAUGCUCAUAACUAACUCCCAUAAGCUCUCUCCAUCGGACCUUCCCCGAAUUUGAACAUAAUCAUGAUUAAGUCAGGUCAUUUACGGUCUAAACACAUAUCUUGACGUGUGUAUUCUGCCUUGGACGUUAGUAGAGUUUUAGAGGGAGGUGUGGGAGAGUCCGGACCAAUUCAGGUAGCUCUUGAUCCUAUUUCAAGUGCAUUACUUGUCAGAGUUUCUCUUAGUGUCCAUCGUUGAUGGUUUGGCCUUCUCAUUUCCACGUUUAAGAUUUGGACAACUAGUGAGUUUUAGGGGCACAUAUACAAAUUGACUAGCGGAGACUUGCCAUUUUGUUCAAUUUUCUUCUUAGCCGUAAGAAUUUAUAUCUUCCUUUGGGAGCGUUUACAAUAGUUAGUGGGCGUACUGCUAUUGUGAGUUAUGUUUUUUUUUUUGUUGGUCAAAUCCUUGUUGUCACCAUGCAAGGGUGGAUCAGCACCUUACACUGAUCAAAUCCUUAUUGCCACCAUCCAUUUGCUUUUGACUUUUGAAUCUCUCAUUUUGUCCAAGUCUCUUAGUUCCUCUUUCAGGUUAUGAUCAAGGUUUGCUAGGUGUGUAGACGACAAACGCAAGGAGAUUGGCAUUAUAGAAAGAUUUUCAAUCCAAAACAAAGAACUUAUGCUUCCAUUUUUUUACGUUUGUAAAAAUUAAUUAUUCUAUUCUAAAAUCAGUUUGUUUCUGUUUGUAAUGAUAAUAUUUUUAAUCCAAAACAAGAGUUUAUGCUUUUAAGGUUUUAAAUUGUUUAAGGAUGUGGUAUAAAGAGAUACACAUGUGGUCUUGCUUAUGUUGUAUCAUUGAUCAAAAGUUCAAACCAGAACACUGAAACUCACUGUAGUAAAGGGUGAUAUGAAUUCGGCUUUAUUAGCAACUCACUUGAUAUUUGUACAAUGUCUGCUUGAAUACACACACAAGCGCGUGGAAGGUUGGUCCUCACAUAUGUCAAAUUUUUUUUAUUUUUCCGGUCAUUGUUGAUGAUAGCAGGAGUGACUCAAGGGUACUGAUCAAAUCAGAAGGGUAAGUAGCUCAUUUGGAAAUUGACCAGGCUUCGAUCGAUUCCACAGUCCUCACAAACCAUCAACUUUAGCUUAUCAGAAAUUGAACUCGCAUCCAAAUUCAGUAACCUACCUCCUUAUGCUUCAUCAGCAAGUAAACUGCAUCCCUUGCUUACAAACGAGUUCCACAAACCACAAGAAGCAUAGAUAUGCAUCUUAGUAAACUUGAUUGACCAAAAAAGGAGAAGGAAAGAAGAGAUCAUUGAUGAAGUAGAUUUUCUUGGUCAAUUUGCAUUCCAAAUUUGGUUAAAAAAAAGAAGUAAAAGUCAAUAUUUUCAAGAUCUGCUAAAUAUUGGCUAAUCGUUUUUGGGCUAAAAUUUUGGAAAUUUGUAACAAAUCCAGCAGAAGUUAGAUUCUAAUUUUUUAAAAGAUCUUCAAAUAAUAUAUAGGAAAUCAUAUGUAGCUUUUAUUUAAGGAAAAAUAAAAAAUAUUAUAUGUAUAAUUAUUAAUCAAUUUGAUAGUUUAAUAAAUAUAUAUCUAGAUGAACCAACCUAUUUUUUCUAAAAAUUCUGAGAAGUAUUCAAUGAAUGACGCAUGACUACCUAAAAUGUUCUAAUUUUUUUCAAUUAAUAUAUCUCCUAUAUAUUAAUUGAAAAACAUUAACUUCUUUUUGUAGUCACGUGUCAUCACUAUGAUGAUUCUUGGAAUCACUAGAGAAAUAGGUUGUUUCAUCUAAUGAUUUAAUAAAUUUUUAUUAAACGAACAAUAAAUUCAUUAUUA